AUGCAGGUAAAACGACUUAACAUUUCAGAUGAUUUGAAGGUCAGCUUUUUCAGCACAGACCAUGCUACUCAAACAGAUUCCAGUGAAAUUUUGCCACUAAAAGAAUUGAGUUCAUCUACACAAAAGCUUGUGCAGAUUGUUAAGUCUUUUCAGGUGGAUUUUGGGUUCCUCAAACAAUUGCUUCAGUCGAAGUUUAAGGACUGUCUGAAAGAGGAGUCUUUCAAUCUCUUCACUGUUCUUCAUGACCGGAUCCUAACCAUCGAAAAACAUUACCAACAGAAUGAGGAUAACUUAAGAAAAUGCUACAAUCAGCAGUUGGCCGAUGCCAUAGCUGUUAUCAAAGGAAUAUACAAGCAAUUUUAUAGGGUGGAAGAAGAGAAGACUUCUCCACAAGACUCAGCUUCUGUCAAAAUAAAUAUUUUGCUAAGAAAACUGAAGGAGAGAGAAGAAAUUAUUAAGGAAUUACAAGAAGAACAAGACCAAUGUGAGGAAUCUGGAUCUCAAAAACUUGACUCUUUUGCCAAAGAGAUCAGCCCUCUAAAAGCAACCCCAGAAAGAGAAAAUUUGGAGUACAAAAUGGAAAAUGAGAGACUGCUUCAAGUCAUUUCAAAACUCGAAGAAGAAAUCCAACUCAAUCUAAAAGAAAAUUCAGUCUUAGAAGAUGAAAUUAUAAGUCUGAAAGAGAUGGCAAAAAAGGAUCAUAAAACUAUUCAAAAGCUAACUGGUGGUAGAGAAAGAUUAUUAUAUGAACUUGAUUUGGAAAAAUCAUUAGUUCAAGAUGUGAUUGAUAAACAGAAAGAGGACAUGGAAAUGAGAAGAAAGUUUGAAAGCCUGAGUGUCAAGAGCCCGAGACUAGAGAAAGUGAAAGAAGUGGCCUUGUCCCCGUGGCUCUCACAGCCAAGGAUUCCACCCCAGAGUGCAGCCAUUUUGAAGCCAUAUUCUCCCUCCAUCAGUUUACUGCCUGCUAAGACCAAAAAAGUGAAGACUCCAAAGCAGCCUUCAAAGGAAGAGGGCUCUGUGACUAAAGACAAACAUGUUUUGGAGAAGCAAAUAGGAAUAUUAAAGGCUGAGCUAGAGGAUGAGAAAAAGAAGACAAAAAGGUUUAAGAAGGAAUUAGAACAAGGCAAAACCUGGGAAAAGAAAUUCUUUAUUCUCAGGAAAAGCUUCCAUGCCCUUAAGGAUGAGAUGUUUACAAGGCACACAUUGUAUCGCCAGUAUGCUGUGCUUGCUGACACAUCCUUCAAUUAUAUUAGUCUGAGGCAGCAGGAAACCUUUAGAGGAACACUGGCUGACAAACUCUACUUGGAAGGCCAAGGAGGAUCUGACUGCCUGACCUAUGCCAGGUCACUGAAGAGGCCCCCCCGCCUAGUGGUGGCAGGCCUGGGAAGGCCCCCUAAACAUGAUGCAGAGUGCUCUGCAUGA